AUGAGCACCGCAACUUGGCAAGCAAAAGUCCAAGCCAAGCAAGCCGAAGGCGAAGCGAAAAUCCCCUUGGAAUGGCGACUCCCCGCAUCGCUUCUCGCAACCGCCGACCCGUUGUCCCCGGAGUGCGUGCUAUCCGUGCCGCGCGAGUGCGGCCUCCUGACCGAGCGCGAGCUAGCCAUCACCGAGACCGCCGAUGCGACGGCGCUGCUAGCCCAGCUCGCGGCACGCGAAUACUCCGCAGUGGAGGUAGCCAGGGCGUUCUGCAAGCGCGCCGCGAUCGCGCAGCAGCUCACGCAGUGUCUAACGGAGACGUUCUUCGAGCAGGCACUGGCACGGGCGGAGGAGCUGGACACGCACCUGGCGACGACGGGGCGGGUGGUCGGGCCCCUGCACGGGCUGCCGGUGAGUCUGAAGGACAUGUUCGAGGUGGCGGGGGUGGCAUCGACGCUGGGCUACGUCGCGUUCCUGGACCGGCCGGUGGCGGCGGCCAACACGCCGCUCGUGGACGUGCUGGUCGCCGCCGGCGCCGUGCUGUACGUCAAGACCAACGUCCCGCAGACGCUGAUGACCGCCGACUCGCACAAUAACGUCUUCGGGCGUGUGCUUAACCCCCACCGCCGCACCCUGACCGCCGGCGGCAGCACCGGCGGCGAGGCCGCCCUCGUCGCCCUCCGCGGCUCGCUGCUCGGCGUCGCGACCGAUAUCGGCGGCUCUAUCCGCAUCCCGGCCCACUGCUGCGGGCUCGUCGGCUUCAAGCCCUCCGUGGGUCGCGUUCCCUCCACGGGUUUGAUGAGCCCCGGGCCGGCGGGAUAUCUGUCCGGGAUAUCGGGAGUGGUGGGCCCGAUCGCCCACUCUGUCCGCGACGCUAACCUCUUCAUGAAGACCGUGUGUGAUGUGCGUCCGGAUGACUUCGAUGAUACCGCGCUGGGGAUCCCCUGGACACUAGAAGGGCCGUCCGGCACCGACGAUCGUGGCGAUAAGCUUCGCAUUGGGCUGUUCACGGCGCACCCGGACCUCCCGUUGCACCCGAAUAUUGCACGCAACCUGCAUCGGGCAGCGGAGAAGCUCGCCGCGGCUGGUCACGAGAUAGUGGAUAUCACUGAGCAGCUUCCGUCGAUGGAAGAUGCCAACGCCACUGCCUGUGGGCUGUUCAGUCUAGACGCUGACCGGACCUCGCUCUCGCAUCUGGCUGUGGCGGGAGAGCCGAGCAUCCCGUCCUCAAAUCUCGUGAUUGAGCGCAGGGGAUCGACUCCAGAUCCCACUCUGCGCGAUCUGUUCAGACUGACGGCUCGGAAAGCGGAGAUUACUGCGCGGACGCGCCGGGUGUUUGUCGACAGUAAACUAGACUUGAUUCUGGCGCCGGCGUACCAGAGUUGUGCCCCCGUGCAUGAUACGUAUAGUCAUCUCUGUUGA